GUUGCUCUGCUCGACAUAGAUAUCUGUGGGCCAUCGAUUCCUAAAAUUAUGGGUCUAGAAGGAGAACAGGUUCAUCAGAGUGGGUCUGGAUGGUCUCCAGUGUAUGUUGAAGAAAACUUAGGUGUCAUGUCAGUGGGAUUCUUGCUUAGUAGUCCUGAUGAUGCUGUCAUCUGGAGAGGACCAAAAAAGAAUGGGCUGAUCAAGCAGUUUCUGCGUGAUGUGGACUGGGGUGAGGUGGAUUACCUGAUCGUGGACACGCCCCCAGGGACGUCGGAUGAGCACCUGUCCAUCGUGCAGUACCUCAGUGCCACCCGCAUCGACGGUGCUGUCAUCGUCACCACCCCCCAGGAAGUGUCACUUCAGGAUGUUCGGAAGGAGAUCAACUUCUGCCGCAAGGUGAAGCUGCCCAUCAUCGGUGUGGUGGAGAACAUGAGUGGCUUUGUGUGUCCCAAGUGUAAGAAUGAAUCUCAGAUCUUUCCCCCAACUACUGGUGGUGCAGAGAAGAUGUGCCAGAACUUGAGUGUUUCUCUUCUGGGUAAAGUGCCUCUGGAUCCACAGAUAGGAAAGAGUUGUGACAGCGGCCAGUCUUUCUUGGCUGAAGCACCUGAGUCUCCAGCUACAUUGUCUUACAGGAAUAUCAUUCAAAGAAUUCAGGAGUACUGUGAACAACACCAUUUGCAAGAAGAAAAGAUAAUGUAAUCUGUAAGUGGAACAAAAAUGUAGCUCAUGUCUAAUUAUAGAAAAGUAACUUAUGCCUUGAUUUAUUAAAGGAAUGUAUUCUUUUUGUAUAUUGCAAAUAAAUUCUUAAUAUAAAGGC